CAGCUGAAAAGAACAGACCAAUAAUCUCACGUGUGUGAAGUGUGCAAAACGGUAAACUUUGCGAUUGUUACCGUCGCGAAUCGACAGAAAUUACUCUCGCGCAUCUACAGCCGAAGAGUCUGCGGAAUUCAUCAAUAUUAUAUCGAUUUUUACAUUACACACUUUUGACAUGUUUUUCCAACCCUUUCACUCCUUCACAGUACAAUUUUUCUAAAUUGUCUUCUUAUCACGUCUCGUUCCUGUUAUGUUGCUUAUUUCAACGCUUUGACAACUGUUAAUUUAGCGCGAUAUUCACCACGUGUUAAGAAAUAAUGAAAAAUAUCUGCAAAAUAGGAGCUCGAUAUAAUUUAACCUAUAUUACUUUUUCUUCUAGAUAGUUUCGUUGUCGUUAUAAUCCAUUACACGAUGACAAGAGAAAUAAAAGGCGUCUGCAAUCCUCGGAAUGCGAGGGCGGAUAUGUAGGAGGGAUGGCCAGGUAUAUAAAAUUGAUUGAAUUCACUAAUAUUGAUGUAUUACAGGGACGUAGCUGGAUAAUAAUUUUGAAGGUAUGAGAAUCUCUAUGUUAUUGUAACGUAUGAAUUUGCAUGUUUCAAAUCGUGUUGUUUUUUUAAUUUAUUAUGCAUGCAAAUGUCGCAUUUGUUUUCAGUUGCUCGCAUCACAUUUACAUAUUUAAUAGUGUACACAUGUAUACAGGAGGAAUACAGAGGUGAGGGAGAGAAAGAGGGAUAGGGGCAGUAUUUAUGCUGUGUGUUGUGUGUAUGUGGCAAUAGAUUAAAUGCACAGUCACUAAUUACGUCAGCUGAGAAGUUAUCCUUUAGCCUUUAUCCUUUUGUGCUUCUACCUAUCCUUUCUACAAUAUACUAGUAUGAAUUUCACUUAAUUAAAUCACUGUUUCAACCAUGUAAUCUGUGUGCUAUGUUCAUUAGCAUAAAAUAUCUUCUAAUUGUUGCAGAAGAUGACUAAUAAAACAGCAUAAGAAAAAGAUCGGUAUGAUCGAUUCCUUGAAUUUAAUAAGUCUGUACAUAAUUAUAAAUAUUAAUUUAUAUAUUAUAUAAAUUACGCGUAUACCAUCGUAGGCUAGGUCAGUUAAUGAUCGAUAACCAUCGUAUGCUAGGUCAGUUAAUGAUCGAUAACCUACAUCUUAAUCGCAAGCGUGCAGUUUUCUACUGGAGGAAACAUUGUAAUUGACACUUGUAUCGCCAUUGUAAUAAUUACAAGCACGCAAUCAUAUUUCCGCGAGCUAUAUUACGUUAUAGGUAUCAUAAAAAAAAUUCUCUACAUAAUUCUCUCUCACGCAGGUUGUGUUAAGUUAUAUCAGGUUUUACGUUUAUCACAAAGAAUUGUAAAAAAAAAUAUAUAUAAGAAUAUCUGUUACAGGCCGUUGAUUCGAUCAUCGAAGGUUCGCCUGAUACGAUUGUAUUUUAUUGUGUCUUGGAGGAAAAAGAAACAUUCACGAUCUCGACUUAAAAGAGCAAUAUAUCGGAUCAUAAGAGAGACCUCGCGUGCUAAUAAUGACCUUUACUCCCUUUCGUGUACAUGCGAUGAAGAAUGCGAGGUAAAAGAACAAGGAAACAAAGUAAAACUAUCGCUGCUCACGUGCUGUGCGCACCGACUCGUGUGUUUCCACGUGCGAAAGAUUUCGGAGAGCAACAGCGAUAGGACGCGCGAGAGGACGAUUUAGGACGCGAUUACGCACGGAAAUCUCAGUAAAGAUAUCGAUUCGACCUAUCAGUCUGGUGGGGUGGCCCGCCGUAUUUCUCAGUGCCGGCUUUCGGCUCGCACGAUCCUGAACCAUAAUCUAAACCAUACUCUUUCCUUUUUCUAUAUCUAAAUAAAAAAAUAUAAUAGUAAAUAUUCGAUAUAUCUCUAAACAAUAAAACAAAUUAUCGGCGAUUAUUUUUGCACCAGCAAACUCAAAGCUUGAUUAGCGAAUUAACAAGGUCGUGACGAAAGAUUUUCAUAGCUUCUUGCGACGUUUGCGUAUUGCCUGCUACAAUAUCAGGAGAAUAAUUAAUUUUUCUUUCAACAGUACGAAGUAUUUUUCUCGUAAUGAAAACUCAAGCUAUAUUUAAACGUUCAUGCGCGUAGGUGUGUAUUUUCUGCCACUUCUUUCCACCCUUGUUAACCGACUGCUUUUGCGCACAGAGAGAGAAAGAGAGAAAAGGAGCCAUCCGAAACACGUUCCUCGCUCUCAUUCAAGGUCGCUCGAUGAUCCUUCUUCGCCAGCAGCUAACAAGACGAGCGGGCGCACGCGCAUAUGCGGACGCGGACUCUCUUCCUCGGGGGGUCAGUCUACAGGGCGAGAAAGUGAUGCUACAUUAGCCGUAGCGUACAGUCACGGGGUGGACAUGAUCUUAUCGGGCCUGCAGACGAACUACCCCAUGUCGGAUGCGACGUCCUAGUGCUGGCGACUUGUUUUCGGGGAACUGUGGAGACAUCCCCCCGCAUCCGCAUCCAGCGAUGAGAAAAUGAUGUAACGCUCGCGCAAACGACAGGAGUGAGUUGUUGUUGUACCGACAUCGUUUGGAUAAAACAUGGAUAAAGGAUCUCUUAACGAGAUCAGCGAGCAGGGGAUCACGCUAAUUGCCUGCUCGUUCUUUUUGCGAAUGCGGUCUCACUCGAAUUAAAGGUCCAUUAUUAAGAUGGAUGUUCACGGUGCCGGAGUAGUCGCCGUUCUGGGCACGGUCGGAGCCGCUACCGGGGCAAUCUCGGCGGUGAUCGUCUACACCAUUUGUGCGCGCCGUCGCCGAUUGCCGCUGCUUACUACAGGACCGCUCAACUGGUUUGAAAGAGAUUUGCUAGACAGAGCUGAAGAGGCAGCGAGGUCGUCGAAAGAUGUUUUGGUCGGUCUGGGCAGUGGCGUCGCGCUUUCACGCGAUAACAAGAUCUCCAGACGUAGCAACAGUCAGUCGGAUGACGACGAAUGGCAGUCGGAUCAUGUGUUUGACAGCAUCGCCAGUGAUUCUCCCAGAAGAGUUAGACAGCAUCUCUCGGAGUCAGACGACAUUCCGCCGUCUCCGAUGAGUCCACUCGCUCCGCCGCUUCCGGAGGGGGCGGUGGUCGCGUCUGAAAAGCGUAUGGUGAUCGUUAGGCCGCCGACGCGAAGUAUAGACGGCUCUCAUUCCAGAUUGAAUAGUGUCGAAAUCGAGUCGGCGCCACGGCACAAGCUUUCAUCUUCUUCCUCGACCUCAUCGUCCGACGAAGUUAGGGGUGAGUUGAAAUUGGGAUUGAUUUAUGACGAAAACGCCGGAAUACUCACCGUCAGGCUUAUUGAGGCGCACGAUCUUCGUGCCCGUGAAUUGAGCGGCAUCGCGGAUCCCUAUGCCAAGAUACGUUUGCUGCCUGAUCGCAGCAACGUGUGGCAAACUACGAUACACAGGCGCACGUUGAACCCUGUAUUCGAUGAGGACUUCGUCUUCGAAGUAACGCCUGAGUCAUCGUUGGCUGGCAGAACGUUGGAGAUCCUGCUUUACGAUUUUGAUGCGUUCACGAGACAUCGUGGUUUGGGUUACGUGCAACUUCCUUUAUCCUCCGUACCGAAUUUAGACAUGAAUCUCGUUACUAUCACGAAGCCGGUUCUACGAUACGGAACGGAAGGUGGAUUUAAAGCGCCACCAUUGGGAGAGCUGAUGGUUUCUAUCUCCUACCAUCCGUCUAUAGAGAAACUGACGAUCAUCGUCGUCAGGGCGAGAAAUCUACCUGUUCUCGACGAUCCCGCAAAUGCGAAUCCGUACGUGAAGGUAUCGCUCAUCCAGGACGGUAAGAGUCUGAAGAAGAAGAAAUCGGGCAUGCAGCGCGAAGCCACUAGUCCUGUGUGGAACGACAUCCUCAGCUUCGAUAUCAGUAGCGACGUUUUGUCGAAGUGCAUCUUACAGUUCUCUGUUUUGCGAUCCAACGGCGAUCUUUUGGCCAAAUGCGAAGUAUCCGCUUCGUGCCAGAGAGAAUUGUUUCAUCGUGUGUUGUCCGGCAAAGGCGCUUCGGCGCAAUGGUUACCGUUGUCGGAGCCGGAAGCGCAACGUGUUGAUAAUGGCGAGUCGAAAGAUUAAAGAAGAAAGCAUUUCUGUUAUAAAAUAUUAAGUAUAAAUAUAUAGAAACGCGUUUUGAUAAACGCAAAAUAUCGCUGGUGAUAUGGUGACCGCUUUGUUGAAUGAAAUGUCCGUUGUUUCGGAAAGAGAAAGAGGAGAAAGAGCGCGGUAGAAAAAGAAUAUUUAAUCUCAAGAACUCGCGGUCUCUUCGACUUUUUUCCGUCUAAUUAGGUAAACAUGUAACGGGUUUCUGUUGAACUGCCUGAGAUUAUACAUCUUCCUCAAUGAAAGCGAGAAAUCGAAUCGCUCUGUAACUUUUUGUGGUAUUAUCACUUUAUCGUGAUCUCUCAAUCUUCUAAGUUGUGAACUUCCAUAAUAUAAUUGUGCAUAUUUUCAGAAUACACGCUCUUUGCGUUGAUACGCGCAUUCUGUAAAAGACAGUGCACAUUUCGAUGUUUGAAAUGUGGCUUCCGAGUGUAUUUAAUGAGUAUUUUUACAAACGCACAACGUGUUAUUAACGAGUCGCAGAGUCUGCCAAGUGCGUUUCGACGAGAUUUCCAACAGAGCUGUGCAAUCGCCAGAUAUCUAUUUUAAGCUUGCUUACGCCGAAAGUCUCAUACGCAUUAUAUUUACCGUGGAUUACGUUAAUUCACAAUCUUGCGUACCGUCGAUCACUGAAUUAAUUCUCGUGUAUCAAACGACGCUCAGCAUAUUUCAUAACAUUUAUCAACGAUUGUAUAUAUUAUUUUGUUAUCGCGUUUUACAAAAAGAGAUAUAAUAGGAUUCGAUGUGCAGUGGAUAAAAAUGAUAUUUGCACAUAUUAUGAUGUUUUGGGAUGAUCUCGUACAAAAAAAGAAAAAUAUUCCAAGUUUGUGUGCAACUAAAAACAACAUAUUCUGAUAAAAGCUUUUGCAAUAAUAUUUCCCUCUUUUGGUGAAUAUUGAUUCUAAGAAAGAACAAAGUGUGCAAAUACUCAUCUUUAGCUGCUGUACAUCAACAGAUUUUUUAUGUAUAUCGCAACUUAUAACGACUAUUUCCGUUCCAUAUACACCAACUGAUUAACGACAAUGACGACGAAACAACGGGAUAUCAAUAUUCGGUCGUUUUACUUACUACACGACAUGAGAUCGUAAUACAAUCGUAUCCGAUUGAUUCUAUUUAUCGUCGCGACGCAUACGAAAUUGCUCGCGCUUUGUUACGUGGGUUAGAUAAAUAGAAAAUUAGAUGAGAAAUCCGUCAAUGAAAGCUGGUUCUUUCGACGAAAUAAUCGAUAUUAAAACAUCGCGUAAAGCGCGAUCGAUUGAACUUAUAUCGUGAUGUAUUGCCGAACGGCGCACAAGUCAUCGAGAACAAAAAAUAUAGAUACAACGGCUAGCAUCGUGAUCCUACUUCAUUGAUAGUAUACACAUUACGAAAACAUAGAACUCGAAUGUGUACAUGUGUGUAUAAUUGCAAAACAGAGAUAGAAAAUUAUAUAUUUUCAUUCCAUAUAGAGUUCACCGUGCGUCGUCUACGCACGCAUUCCAUUGAUAUACUUAUAUAUAUUAAUAUACUAUACACACGCACGCACACACACACACACACACACACAUAUACACACAAAAUGUGCAAAAACAAAAAAAGAAAAACAGAGAAAAGUAUAUCCUCAUUGUUGUGAGAUCGCUUUUCUAUGGUGGUAAAGAAAGUAUAUAUACCUUUGUCAAAAUGUUUUAUUUAUUGUACAAUAUAACUGUACAUACAAAAGGAAUGGACCAACGUAGCGCGAUCCUUGAGCUUAAUCGAAUAGACCUGUAACCGAAAAUAGAGUGCAAUGUGAUUAGAACAGAAUCAAUUACAUUUGUUGAGUAGGAAACAAUGUUUUACUGUAUUCUCAUUUUGCUAUGAUGUCGUCACAUGUGUAUUCCGUAGCUAAUACAUGCUAAAUUAAUCAUUGAAUAUUCUUUAUAAUGUCUAUACUUUGGUUAUCUUUAUGAGAUUAAAUAUUAUAAUUUUGAUGUAA